UGAUCAAAGAUGGCGGAAGAGACGGCGUAAAAGCAAGCCGCAAAGUCACUUUAAGUAACGCUUUACAGGCCUCCAUGAGGCUUUUACUGAAGACAGCAAGACUUCAUUUACCAAGAAACCAAUUGGCCAGGCUUGUAAUAACUGAAGUUGACUCAAAAAUGCACAAGGGAGGUGGCCGUGGUAAAAGGGGUAGAGGUGGACAUCGCCCUUCUGGUUUGACAGGAAAACAGAUUGGCUUGUGGUACAGAGAUAAAGGAAAACAAAACAGGGAACUUAAACAGCGUGCAUUUGUUACAAUGGACAGUCAACAUGAAAUGAGAAUAAGUCAGCUGCUUGGAGAAAUCAGACAAAGUGAAAGAACCAAUGAUGACAGAGCAGAGGAAGGAGCAUCAGCUGGGACAGAUUGGUAUGAUAGUCCUAAAGGAGAGCAGUACUGUGAACAACAUCUGCAUGAUGAGUCUGAUCGCAGGAGUGAAGACCAGGUGAGCAUGUCUGGUGAGAACAAGAAAAAGAGUCCAGUAGCUUUCAAGCACCAUUUUAAUAUGGGCAGGAAUUUGCAGCAAGAUUCUACAUUAGAUCAUCAGUUGAAGGAAGAACAACAAAGAAGGUUCUUGUCAGAAAGUGCAAGAUGUAAGGCCAUGCAGGAAUUUCGUAAAAGUUUGCCAGCUUACAAGCAGAAAGAGGAAUUACUUCAACUUAUAAGCUCAGAGCAAGUUAUUGUUAUCAGUGGAGAGACUGGAUGUGGAAAAACAACCCAGGUUGCUCAGUUCAUCUUGGAUGAUGCUAUUGAACAAGGUCAUGGGUCAAAAUGCCGAGUUAUUUGUACUCAGCCCAGGAGAAUAAGUGCUAUCUCUGUGGCAGAAAGAGUUGCAUCAGAAAGAGAUGAAAAUUGUGGUGAAAAUGGAAGUGUUGGUUACCAGAUAAGAUUGGAAAGCAAGCUUCCACGAGAGCAAGGUUCUAUCCUCUAUUGUACAACAGGAGUGCUGCUUAGAUGGCUAGUGUCUGAUCCAUUGCUUCUUGGUUGCAGUCACAUCAUUCUUGAUGAGAUUCAUGAAAGGGAUAUUUUAUCAGAUUUCCUGAUCAUUAUUGUAAAAGAUCUUUUACCAAAAAGGCCAGAUUUAAAAUUGAUCCUCAUGAGUGCAACUUUGAAUUCAGAGAUGUUCUCUGCUUAUUUUGAUAAUUGUAAAAUGGCUCAUAUUCCUGGAUUCACCUAUCCUGUUCAGGAGGUUUAUCUUGAGGAAAUAAUUGAAAAAACCAGAUAUGAAAUUACAGAAAAAGCUGGUGUUUCUGGUAGAGGAGACAGACCAGAACCAAAAUGGAAAAAAUACAGGAGGGGUAAAAGUGAGGCAAAAGACAGACGGUUAGAGAAAACUAAUGCAUGGCUGACUGACAGUCAGGAGGAUGAAAAGCAGAUGGAGUGGCAACAAUAUCUCAAUUCCCUAACAGGAAGAUUUUCUUCUAAAACAAUUACAACUCUUCGAAAUAUGGAUUUGGAAAGAAUCGAUUUGGAACUUCUUGUCCGACUGAUAACUCACAUCUCACUUCGAAUGGAGGAAGGAGCAAUACUCGUUUUUCUACCUGGCUGGGAUGAUAUUAGUAAACUUCACGACAAGUUAAAAACUCAAACGCUUUUUAAUUCAGAUAAAUUCCGUAUCAUUCCUUUACAUUCUAUGAUGCCGUCAACAAACCAACGAGAGGUAUUUGACCGCCCCCCUGAAGGUGUCAGGAAGAUCGUAAUUGCUACUAACAUUGCUGAAACAAGUAUCACUAUUGAUGAUGUGGUGUUUGUUGUGGAUGCUGGCAAGGUGAAAGAAAAGACAUAUGAUGUGUACCACAAUAUUGCCUGUUUACAGCCUGUAUGGAUCAGUAAAGCUUCUUCGAGACAAAGACGCGGUCGAGCUGGAAGAGUACAGCCUGGAUACUGCUUUCAUUUGUUCACACAACUUCGUGCCCAGUCCCUUGACGACUAUCAGCUGCCAGAGAUGCUUCGGACACCUCUUGAGGAAUUGUGCCUGCAGAUUAAGAUUCUUAAACUGGGUAUGAUCCGAUCUUUUCUGUCCAAAGCAUUGCAACCUCCAGAGGAACAAGCAGUCAUCAAUGCUUUAGAAAGUCUUCAACAACUUAAAGCGCUGGACGCAAAUGAAGACUUAACUCCCCUUGGUCAUCAUUUGGCCGCUUUACCAGUAAAUCCUAGAGUGGGCAAGAUCAUUUUAUUUGGUGCAAUAUUCUCGUGUUUGGAUCCAGUUCUAACUGUGGCAUCUGUUUUGGGAUUUAAGGAUCCUUUCGUGUUUCCUUUGGGAAAACAAAAAGAAGCCGAGCAAGCCCGCUUGAGGUUUGCUGGUGAUACUCGUAGUGACCAUCUCGCCCUGUUGAAGGCCUUUCAGGGCUGGGAGACGUCUGUCCGUAAAGGGAUUGAGCGAGAUUACUGUUGGAGGAACUUCCUAUCGGUGAACACGAUGAGGAUGAUAAAAGAUAUGAAACAACAGUUCUCUGGAUUACUUUAUGACAUUGGUUUCCUGGAGUCAUCCAACCCGAAAGCUUCUUCCGCUAAUUACAAUUCAGACAAUUUAAAACUGGUUAAAGCCAUACUUUGCGCCGGCUUAUAUCCAAAUGUUGCCAGCAUUAACCACAAUCCUAGAUUUUCAAGGCCUCCAAAGCUUCGAACUCAUCAAGAUGGUACUGUGUAUUUGCAUCCGAAAUCAGUGAACGCUGAGGUCAGAGUUUAUGAAGAUAACUGGCUGAUUUAUCACGAAAAGAUGAAGUCUACCUCGCUAUUCCUGUACGACAGCACUAUGAUAGCACCCUUCCCCCUUCUCUUCUUUGGCGGCGAGAUUUCUGUGUUUGUAGAAGAGGGCUACGAAACAGUCGCAAUCGACGAUUUCAUCAAAUUCAAGUCUCCAAACAGAAUUGCAAAUUUAGUCAAGGAGUUACGAGUCGAACUCGACAAACUGCUUAGACAGAAAAUCGCUAAGCCGGAUACGAAGCUAAGCGUGGGGACUGGGACGGGUAACAGAGAAAGUGCUCUGCUGCGGGCAAUAAUUGACUUGAUCACCAGCGAGGAGAAUACAAACUGGAGAAAACAACGAGCUCUCGCCAGCGAAGCUGAAAGGACUUAAAAGAGAAACAGUUAUUCCAGGAGAGGAUUUCCACGGAAUUGGACACAGCUCAAUCUAACAAGGCUUCAUUAAGAUGGUGAAAGGUCAAGCACCCCGAGAAACAACUUUCUUAGUUGGAGCUUUCGGAGUAGGACCUUUCCUGACUCACUUCAUGGUGGUACUUCAUGGAAAAGCAUUGAAGACAUUGACUGAUUAAAGGACAACUUAAUCAAACUCCUUUAACUGGUGGUAGUGGCCUGUUCUUGGGUAAAUUGACGAGAACUUUUAUCGAAAAGUCACUUCAUUCUUUAAGAUACCUAUGUUAAUGGUUGGAUCCGUAAAGCAGAUAAACAGCACGCGACCAUCUGUGGUGCCGCCUAAAGUGAUAGUAUGCACAUGCGCAUAGCAGUGCACAGUUGAUGUACUGGGUAUUAAUUAUUCCUAAAGCCGCAAAACUUUUGGCCAGCAUCUUUUAUCAUAGGGCUCUGGUCGAGAUUUUUUAAUUUUCUUAGGAUCGUGAUCGCAAAACAAAUUUGAAUGAAGUUGUUGUUAGUUAUAUUAUUUAUUGCUAAUGUGGUCAUAAGGAUGCAGUUUUGAAGGUGAUAGUAAAUGAUAUUGAAUUAUUUGUCUUUAUUGACAACUUGAACACUCUUGAGUCAAUUGUUCAAAGACUAGCUGUGUUUGUAAUAAGUUAAUCUGCAAGAAACCCCUUGGCACAAGUUUUACUUCUGGGGAACCUUCCUUCCCGACAGAAUAUUUAGCCACUGCGCCCGAAAAAUUUACGUUGGUUUUCCUCGAAUGACCACGCUAUCAGUGGCCUAGUAAACACAAGAGCCAUUACUUUUAAUGCUCUCUUAAUGGUAAAAAUAAUUAUGAAAAAUUAUGAAGGAGCUUUCAAACCAUCAAACACGCUCACGUUUUAAAAAAUAAAUAGCGAAAUUAAAA